CCGGGCAUGCCUCCAUCCAGCCGUAUGACCCCACAGGGACCAGCCAUGGGCCCCCCAGGAUACGGCAACAGCCCCGUGUCUCGCCCUGGGAUGCCUGGUGUCAUGGACCCGUCUCGUAAGAGGCCAGCUCCACAGCAAAUUCAGCAGGUUCAGCAGCAGCAGAACCGCAACCAGCACACAAAGAAGAAGAAGAUGGCUGAUAAAAUUCUACCUCAGAGGAUCAGGGAACUGGUCCCAGAGUCUCAGGCUUAUAUGGAUCUGCUGGCUUUUGAGAGGAAGCUGGACCAGACCAUCAUGCGCAAAAGGCUGGACAUUCAAGAGGCCCUCAAGAGGCCCAUUAAGCAAAAGAGGAAGCUUCGGAUCUUCAUAUCAAACACCUUCAACCCUGCAAAGCCAGAUGCUGAGGACGGAGAAGGCACAGUUGCAUCGUGGGAGCUGCGUGUUGAAGGGCGUCUGCUGGAAGAUACAGCCGUGUCCAAAUAUGAAGCCACCAAACAGAAAAGGAAGUUUUCUUCUUUCUUCAAGUCCCUGGUGAUUGAGUUGGACAAGGACCUUUAUGGUCCAGAUAAUCACCUUGUGGAAUGGCACAGGACCGCCACCACCCAGGAGACUGAUGGUUUUCAGGUGAAGAGGCCAGGUGACGUGGGUGUUCGUUGCACCGUCCUCCUCAUGCUUGACUACCAGCCCCCUCAAUUCAAGCUGGACCCCCGGCUGGCUCGAAUGCUGGGUAUCCACACCCAGACCAGACCUGUUAUCAUUCAGGCACUUUGGCAGUACGUCAAGACCCACAAACUCCAGGACCCUCAUGAGCGCGAGUUCAUCAACUGUGACAAGUACCUGCAGCAGAUUUUUGAGACCCAGAGAAUGAAGUUCUCUGAGAUCCCGCAGCGCUUGCACGCACUGCUGAUGCCUCCAGAGCCCAUCAUCAUCAACCAUGUGAUCAGUGUGGAUCCCAAUGACCAAAAGAAGACUGCUUGCUAUGACAUUGAUGUGGAAGUGGACGACACUCUGAAGACCCAGAUGAACUCCUUCCUGCUCUCCACAGCCAGUCAGCAGGAAAUAGCAGGACUGGACAACAAGAUCCAUGAAACCAUUGAGACCAUCAACCAGCUGAAGACCCAGAGAGAGUUCAUGCUGAGUUUUGCCAGAGAUCCUCAGGGCUUUAUUAACGAUUGGCUGCAGUCCCAGUGCAGAGACCUCAAGACCAUGACUGAUGUGGUAGGAAACCCAGAGGAAGAGCGUAGGGCUGAGUUUUACUACCAGCCGUGGGCUCAGGAGGCCGUCUGUCGCUACUUCUACUCCAAGGUCCAGCAGAGACGACAGGAGCUGGAGCAGGCGCUCGGCAUCAGGAACACCUAAAACCUGUCUACAGGUCGUAGAUGUGCUGUCAGAGAAAACUAAUGUGUGUGCGAGUGUGUGUGCGGGGGGGAUUCAAACUUCUUACCACUGGCGUACAGACGUAAGACAAACCCAGAAAGACAUAGAUACUAGAUGGUUUUACUGUUAUAUAUGUAGGAUUUUUCUUACUUUCAGUAGCUACUUCCACACUUUUGUACGGUUUUUAUUUCCCCCUCACACGAGAGCUUCUAGAGCACAAUGUAUUUUCUCUUGCAUGUCUGAGGUUGAGGCACCUGGAAGCAUUCCUUUUCUCUCCAUACAAACAAACAGACUGAACACAGAAGCAGACGGCAGAGUGAACCUGGAAAUGUCUCAUGCCCCCCCCCCCCGUUCUGGAAAGUAAAUCUACUUUGAACACUCCUCUCAUGGAACCCUGAUGCUCACCCCUUCAGUUAGAUAUUGAUCGUGACUGUGUUUGUAAUCAAUCAAAUCACUCAUCGUUCUGUUUGGACAGUUUGUGCCACAGUCGGUCGUCAGUCUUGGCAGAAUUUACAUUUCUGUGGAAAAGCGGUAACUUUUUGUUAAGUGCCAUUUAGUAUGAAGUUAGUUUUUUCCUUUUUUUGUUUAUUACCAUUGAUCUUUGUUUUUGAUAUUAUGUAUUAUAAAGUACUUGUCUUGUUAGCUAGUACAGAUUAUCAAGGAAGUAGCUAGUAUGAGUACCUCUAGUCUAUGUAGUUUUGUAAAUACUGAGCAGAAAAAAACUGAAGAUGGAUGUGAAGUAAAAUUGUAUCUCUUAUCCUGACAGAUCUUUUUCUUAACUUUUUGUCUACGCUGCAAUAGUUGAACCAGUAUUUAUAUUAAUCGGCCCUCGCUCUCAGAGCCCAGUGAUUUAGCUCCCGCAGCAUAAAGACGGCAGACACGUUUGAACCACUGCUCCGCAGAGCUAAAUGCACACCGCAUUCAUGGCGCCUGCGAGCUGGGAGGAGUUAAAUCUACUGCUUUUAGUUUUGUGUAUUUUUGAAAAUGUGCAGAGAAGCUAGAAACACUUGAGCUCCGUCUCACAUGUGGACGAGCUGAUGUGAAGAGUCGUUGCUUCUUUGACACUUUGCUGAAGACCUGACACCUCUGUGGUUUAAUGGUUGUUUCACUGAUGAAGACGAGGGUCCUGGCUGAAACUCUUGUGUGUGUGUGUGUGUGCAUUUCAUUAACAAAUUCCAAGAAUACACUAAUGUGGGUUUGGGGAGAUGCAUGAUUUGAAACGAGUUGUGGGAACCUCUGGGAUGUAAAACGCAACACUGGUGGGACUGCAGUAAUAUUUGAAUCUGCAGACUUUUUAAUGGACCAAACCUAUUUUUCUGUAUGUUCUUAUUAUGUUAUAAUAAAGGAUAUGUAAAAUGUA